AUGAGGCUCUACUCGCCGAAUCUCCGGCAAGCCGCCGCAGGCCCCGGCGCCGGGGCUGGCGUCACCAACGCCCCCUUUGCAGCAGCUCUCGGCAAGAGUUCUUCGAGCUCCCUUAUUCAUGGCCGUCUCAGCUUCGGCCACGCGUCACUGCAGACACCGAACCACCGCACCAAGAGAGCAGGGUGGGCGGUGCGGGUGCUUCCCCUGACGGAGGAGAACGUGGAGAGGGUGCUGGAUGAGGUGCGGCCGAGCCUGAUGCGGGAUGGAGGCAACGUGGCCCUGCACGAGAUCGACGGCCUCGUCGUCGUGCUCAUGCUCCAGGGCGCCUGCGGCUCCUGCCCCAGCUCCACCAUGACGCUCAAGAUGGGAAUCGAGUCCCGCCUCCGUGACAAGAUCCCUGAGAUCCUUGAGGUCGAGCAGAUCCACGACACCGAGACCGGGCUUGAGCUCAACACAGAGAAUGUCGAGAAGCUGCUAGAUGAGAUCAGGCCGUACCUUUCCGGCACCGGAGGUGGAAGCCUUGAGCUUGUUCAGAUUGACGGUUUCGUCGUCAAGAUUCAAAUCAGUGGACCUGCAGCAGGUGUAAUGACAGUACGUGUAGCUGUAACCCAAAAACUGAGAGAGAAAAUACCAUCGAUCCUGGCUGUUCAGUUGACAGAGUAG